AUGGAAGCUGUACUAAAUAAUGGUCCUUGGUUGGUAAAUGACAGCAUAAUUGGUUUGGACAAAUGGUCCCUUGAUUUUAAUCCCUCUUCCCUAAAUGGGUUAACGGCACCAGUUUGGAUUAGGCUUCUUAAUCUUCCUUUGCAAAGCUGGGACAUAAUUAAUGUUUGUAGAAUUGCAUCAAAAGUUGGAGUUCCUUUUCUUAUUGAUGAAAACAUGUUUCAAUGGGGGAGGCGUGAAUAUGCAAGAAUUUGUAUUAGAAUCAAGUUGGAAGGAAAACUACCUUUAGGAGUAUGGGUUGAAGGAGCAUUUGGAAAAUUUUAUCAGAAAGUUUGUUAUGAGAAGUUCCCAUUCAUCUGCUUCAAAUAUGGAAGAAUAGUGCAUUUGGAGAAAGUCUAUCUCGUGAGUAAAGAGGAACCUGUGCAGAUUUUUAAUGAAGAUGUAGCAAGGUCUGUUGAAGGAGAUAUAGCUAUUAUGAGGAAGAAUUCAAAAGCUGAUUCUGUAGAGAAAGAUGUUUUCAAGGCUACUAAUGAUGAUUAUGGUCCAUGGUUACAUGUGAACUACGGGAGGAAGAGAGGAAAAAACUUCAGAAUCCAAAACAAUUGGUCUCGGCAGACAAUUUCUGUUAAGAAAGACAAAAAGGUGACAAAAGAAGUCCAUUCAGAAGUUGAUAUAGUUUGGGACCAGAGCAAGACAGAAGAGUGA